CAGAAUUUUGUAGAAUAUAUAUAUGUGUGUGUGUUGAAAUCCAUGCUAGGCAGAUAAUCCAGAAAACUUCACUGUCUGUCCAUGGAACUGUUUCCUCCUUCCUUCGUUUUUUGGUUUUCUGUUUGUGUUUUAGUUAUUUUUUGCACCACAGGAUCAGGAGCAAUAGAACUACCAGGGAAUGUAACAGUUACAGCCGUUUUCGUGUUUGGAGAUUCAAUUGUUGAUACGGGCAAUAACAACAAUAAGACAACGCUGGCUAAGUGUAAUUUCCCUCCUUAUGGGAGGGACUUCAAGGGAGGAGUUCCAACUGGAAGAUUUUCAAACGGCAAGGUCCCUGCUGAUAUUUUAGUGGAAGAAUUGGGAAUUAAAGAGCUAUUGCCAGCAUAUUUGGAUCCAAACCUGCAGCCUGAAGAUCUUCUCACAGGUGUGAACUUCGCUUCAGGUGGUGCAGGAUAUGAUCCCUUAACGUCACAAAUAGAGAUAGCGAUAUCAUUAGCCGAUCAGUUAAAACUGUUCAAAGAAUAUACCCAGAAGUUAAAGAAUCUUGUUGGAGAAGAAGAAACAAACACAAUCUUCACAAAUAGUUUAUUUGCGGUGGUAGUAGGCAGUAAUGACAUUGCAAAUGCCUAUUACAAUUCCCAUAUCAGGCAACUGCAGUUCAGUAUCUUUGCUUACACUGACUUCCUGGCUACCUCGGCUUCCAACUUCUUACAGGAGUUAUACAGCUUAGGGGCACGACGAAUCGCAGCUUUUGGUGCACCACCACUUGGAUGUUUGCCAUCUACAAGAACUGUGGCCGGUAAUGGAAAAAGAGAUGAAUGUAUAAAGGAAUACAACCAAGGUUCAGAGUUGUUCAAUACUAAAUUUUCUGCAGCCAUUGCUUCCCUUGGUAGAAACUUGCCUGAUGCCAAAGUGGUUUACAUUGACAUCUACAACCCUCUGCUUACACUGAUAGAAAACCCCAGUACAUAUGGAUUUGAAUUUGUGGAUAAAGGAUGCUGUGGCUCAGGAACUAUAGAAGCAGCAUUUACUUGUAAUUCAUUGACCCCUCCAUGCCCUGACGCCUCCAUUUAUAUAUUCUGGGACAGUUUUCAUCCUUCAGAAACAACAUAUAAGAUCCUCGUCUCUCAAAUUGUGCAAAAAUAUGCCAACAGUUUCCUCUGAUUAAGAGAUACACAUAUUUUUCGAGAAUGCAUCUUAUCCUUUGUAAAGGGUGUGGGUGCGAUAAAUUUUAAGAAUUGAGUUUGUACCAAGGAAAUUACGAUCGUCUUCUAAGGGAUGAAUGUAUAUGUAUAUGUAUAUGUGUGUGUAUGUAUGUAUGCAUGUGUGUGUGUGUGUGUGUGUGUGUGUGUGUAUUAUAGGUAGAUAUGCUUAUGUUUCCUGUAAAAUAAUUUCAGAGAAAUUAAGUAUAUUCAGAAAAGUUAUGUACGCAUGACCAAGUUUUUAUCCAGGGUGAAUUCAAUCAAAAUUAAACUGAGUUUGAGGUUAA